AUGCCUCGUAUCCCAGGAAAGGGUUGUUUACUCAAUGUUCAUCUACUAUUCGUCAUGAUCUCAUCCACACUUCAUCCUUCAUCAGCUCUAGAGGGAGUCACUCUGGAGAUGGUUCUUCAGAACCGAACCCAGAGCCCAUUUAGCUACGACGACUUUAGUCUAUACCUUGAACACACAUACUGUGCAGAAAAUCUGGCAUUUUACAAGGCUGUAUCAAGCUAUCAUGAAGCUGCCCGACUUUAUUUUGGAGACUCAACACUUGAUCUCACCACCGACAAUGUCAUACUCAAAAACUCUCAACCGUUUUAUUUCUCAACCAUUGAAAACUACAAACUGAGUCCAGAAGAAUUGUUACGAUUCGAAAAACUCAAGAUGCGAUUUGAAGAUAUUAUCACACGCUUUAUUAUGGUCAACUCAUCCCAGGAGAUCAACAUUCCAUCCGACAUUCGCCAAGGUUUAUUAAAUACCUACUACACAGCCUUAAAUUAUCACCCAGCCAUACUGUGCCCAGCAGCAAGUCAGGUGCUUGAGUUGAUGCGAGUUGGCGCAUUUCUUCCGUUUGUCACUGACCCUAAGCGACUCGUGGACAUCGGAAAGACCUGUCAUUCACUACGCCACUACUGUAGUACUCCCUCUCUUCGAUCUUCGUUUAUGCUUGAUUCAAAUAUCAAAAGCUCAGAAUCAGAAGACGAAAUAUCGUUAAAAGGCGAGCCAGGUCCACAGAAGCUUCCUAGCCAUCUUUUAGUAUCACUAGGACUUCACUCACCAAACACGACUUUCAGACCACAUACUCUUCCUGGUACACUUUUUCAAAAGAUCGUCUCCACAUUUCGUCCCCGGCCACGACCAAGGCCUGCAAAACCUCUUGUGCCUCCACCAAUUGAGCCUGGCAAUUCGAAUUAUAUACCAGGUUUGACAACGAUUAUCUGA